UUUUACGAGUUUCUAAGACAAACAAACAUAACACUAACAUCUUCUCAAAUCUCAAACUCCGUCACGACACCACUUGUUUACUUCCUCUAAAUCACAAAAUCUACGAAUCUCUCCCAGAAUCCAGUGAAACCCACAUGCUCUCUUCCUAAAGCUGCCUCGUGCGUGUCCCACUCGGCGCGUGACGCCGACAACCCCAUCCUCAUCUGAUCCACCGGUUUGCAAUUAGCGGCUGAUACUAUGCCACGUCAUGAGUCGCACAAUUACUGGCUACACCUCGCUACAUGUUGGCCGAAUAUUCCAUACCUUCCAAACUGAAUAAUUCUAUAGCUCUCCUCGCAACUUCCAAGCCCGAAGUUAACCUUUUUCUUAUAAAAGGCUUCUCUAAUUCUUAAACUUUGAUUAUUUUUUGCUUUGAUUCUAUAGUUCAAAAAAUUUUCUCCUCCAAACAAAAUUAAAGUUCAAUCUUAAUGGCUGCAUCGUUAUUCGGUUCACUUUUGUUGUUCUGUUUGGUUUCGUCUUCGCUUCAGCUUUGUUUUGUCGAUCGUUUCUUAAUUUCAAACCCGUCUCGUCCUCAGAUUAUUAGUCAACCUUGGACCUGUUUCUGACAUAAAACUAACGUAAGAGAAGUCAUCACCAACAUGGGAAAACGUAAAACUCAGCGUAAGAAUGCAGCGAUGUUAGAUAAUGACGAUGAUAAUAGUAGUGUAAGUUCAUCGUCAACCAUGCGGUCUGAUCAAAUGUCGGUGUCUGGUACUGAAGAAGUAGAGUUUAAUAAGGAUAGUUUACUUGAUGAAGCUGUCGAUGCUUUAUUCGAAAAGAGGGGUUCUACUAGAGAGAAGUCCUUGGCUGUGAUUAUUAAUGCUUUCAAUUGUAACUUGCAGCAUCAGUUCUUGGAGAAGAAAUUUGCUACUUUACUCCAUCAGUGUCUGAAUUGUAUCAAAAAGGGGUCCAGCAAAGAGAUAUCUUUAGCAUCCCAUGCCAUUGGUUUGCUGGCUCUAACUGUUGGCCCAGGAGAUAAUGCACAUGAAAUAUUGGAAGAAUCAAUCACUCCUCUUUCACAGGCUUUUAAAUCUGGUUCUGAAUCUUCGAAGAUAGCUUCGUUAGUGGAGUGUUUGGCUAUCAUCACUUUUGUUGGGGGGAAUGAUGCAGAGGAAACUAAUAAAUCAAUGCAAAUUAUGUGGCAAUUGGUUCAUCCUAAACUUGGUUCUAAUGUUAUUACUGUCAAACAUUCUGCAGCUGUAAUAGCAGCAGUUGUAUCUGCCUGGUCCUUCCUUUUGACAACCAUGGAUGGACGGAAACUCAGUCCCAAACUUUGGCUAGAGUCGAUUACAUAUCUGUCUAAUAUGCUAGAUAAGGAUGACCGAUCUGUGCGCAUUGCUGCUGGUGAAGCAGUAGCUCUAAUUUUUGAGAUGGGAAGCUUAGAGAAGUUUGUAGCUGAAGCUAAAGGUUCCAAUGAUGGCUCAGUUUUAGAAGGAAAUAAAUCUAAAGAAGGAUUCUCACAUAUACAAGGACUGAAGGAAAAAAUUCUGAAUCAAGUCAGAGACCUUUCUGUGGAAGCUGGUGGUAAAGGUUCUGCCAAGAAAGAUCUUAACAACCAGAGGAACUCGUUUAAGGAUGUUUUGGAGUUCCUUGAGAAUGGUUAUUGUCCUGAGACAUCGAUUAAGAUUGGUGGGGAUUCAUUACAGACAUCAGCAUGGUCUCAGUUGAUUCAGUUGAACUUUUUGAGGCGCUUUCUGGGUGGAGGCUUCACUAAACACAUGCAGGAGAAUGAGUUCCUUCAAGAGGUUUUUGGUUUCACUCCAAAAAGAAGGAAUCUCCUAGGCAGUGAACAUAUAUCUAACAGUGAAAAGAGAAUGUAUAGAUCACCAAAUUCAGUCCUCAACAAAGCAAGAACCCAGCAAUUGAACAAGCAGCGGAUGCUAUCUCAGGGUAGAAACAUUGGGCACUUUGCUGUCAAUGCAGCUGAUGAAGAUUCGUAAACUUCUGGAGGGCAGGAACCAUUAUUAAAUGUCUUGCUGGCUUUUGUUGUUUUAUCAUCAACCAAUUUAUUGAAAUCAAUUAUGAACCAAUUUAGUUAUAUUGGCGAUGGCUUCGUAUACAGAUAAAGAUAUUCUAGUUGUACGUGUGUAACGUUGAUAUACUCUAUUUUAAGGCAUCAAUGAGAAGUUACUUCAGUCGUUCUUUU